GAGCUCUGUGCUGCCCCCUGCAGGACAAUCCGGGAGCACCUCGGAGAGCAGGAAGUUUCCAUCUCUCUGACCAUCGACUCCUUGGAGGAGAGCGACUUCGGCAACUACUCCUGCUACGUGGAGAACAGCAACGGGCGGCGGCAAGCAAACGUCAAACUCAUCAAGAAGGCUGAGCUGAUGUACACAGUGGAGCUGGCUGGAGGUCUGGGGGCCAUCCUGCUGCUGCUGAUCUGCCUGGUGACCCUCUACAAGUGCUACAGGAUCGAGCUCAUGCUCUUCUAUAGGAACCACUUUGGCAGUGAGGACAUUGAUGGAGAAAACAAAGACUAUGACGCUUACCUGUCCUACACCAAAGUGGACCCGGACCAGUGGAGCCAGGAGACCAGAGAGGAGGAGCGCUUUGCCCUGGAGAUCCUCCCUGACGUCCUGGAGAAGCAUUAUGGGUAUAAACUCUUCAUUCCAGACAGGGACUUGAUCCCCACAGGAAGUUUCACCAAUGAUCAUUUCCAGGAUGACACAAGACUACUUAGAGCCUACAUCGAGGACGUAGCGCGCUGCGUGGACCAGAGCAAGCGACUCAUCAUCGUCAUGACACCCAGCUACGUGGUGCGGAGGGGGUGGAGCAUCUUUGAACUGGAGACACGGCUACGCAACAUGCUGGUGACCGGCGAGAUCAAAGUCAUCCUGAUCGAGUGCGCCGAGCUGCGGGGCAUCAUGAACUACCAGGAAGUGGAGGCCCUCAAACACACCAUCAAAACCCUCACCGUCAUCAAGUGGCGGGGCCCCAAAAGCAACAAGCUCAACUCAAAGUUCUGGAAGCAGCUGCAGUACGAGAUGCCCUUCAGGCGCACGGAGCCCAUGCUCACGCACGAGCCGGCGCUGGACGUCAGCGAGCAGGGUCCCUUCGGGGAGCUGCAGACCGUCUCGGCCAUCUCCAUGGCGGCGGCCACUUCCACGGCCAUGGCCACCGCCCAUCCGGAGCUGCGCUCCUCGUUCCACAACACCUACCACACCACCAUGAGGCAGAAACACUACUACCGCAGCUACGAGUACGACAUACCCCCGGGGGGCACCCUGCCAGCUCUCUCGACUCUGGGGAACCAGCACACCUACUGCAACAUCCCCAUGACGCUCAUCAACGGACAGCGGCCGCAGUCCAAGUCGCCGCGCCAGCAGAGCAUGGAGGAGGGCCACGGCAACAACGCCAUGCUGCCGCUGCUUCCCAGAGAGACCAGUAUAUCCAGCGUAAUCUGGUGACAGAGUCGGUGCCGGGAGGGUCCGGGUCCGGACGACAUCCGUCACAGGGGGGACUAGCCGCUGGCAGUCGGACCCCAAAUCCACCAGAGCCGGACGGAGCUGAAUGGCACUAAGAUACUUGCUGCUGUUACAUUUGCACCAGGAGACAACAUGUUGGGGAGGGGCGGGAGGGACGGAACAUCAGACACAGUGGACAAAACCGGAGCUGAAAAAUUCUUGUAUUGUUUUAGUCUAAUAAGAGCUUUUAUUAAAGUUGAACCACAAAAGAGG